CCAAAAAAAACCACACAUACACACACACACGUGGAUUUUUCAUAUAAUGUGGGAGGGUGAGUUCUACGUGCAUUAUUAAUGGCCGGGAAUUCCCUAUCGGCUUGGUAGCACAGCUCAUUGACCUUUUUACCACUUUAAAACUCCCAGGUACGUACUCUUUGUCAUUGAUUAGCAUCCCAUUUUCCUGGUUUGUGUUUGAUUUGGGAGAGACGAGAGAGAGGAUGAGCUCAAUUGCCUUGAUCUCAGAGAAGCCACAUGCAGUCUUCGUGCCAUUCCCAUCUCAAGGUCACAUAAACCCUCUCAUGCAAUUAGCCAAACUCCUCCACUACAAAGGCUUCCACAUAACCUUUGUGAACACAGAGUACAACCACAAACGCCUCCUUAAAUCUGGAGGUCCCGACGCUCUUAACGGCCUCCCCACGUUUCGAUUUGAGACCAUUCCCGAUGGCCUCCCUCCAAACGAUGCCGAUGCCACGCAAGACUUAUCAUCCUUGUGUGAUUCCACUAGCAAACACUCCUUGCCUCACUUCAGAGACCUUCUCUCCAAGCUCAAUUCUUCGCCCGAUUCGCCACGUGUCACUUGCUUAAUCACUGAUGGUGUUAUGAGUUUCACUCUUGAUGCAGCUCAGGAACUUGGUGUUCCCGCAGUUUUUUUCUGGACACCUAGUGCUUGUGGUUUCAUGGGCUACGUUCAGUUUCAUCAACUCAUAGAAAAAGGUCUCACUCCUUUUGAAGAUGCCAGUUAUUUUACAAACGGGCAUUUAAAUACUGAGCUAGAUUGGGUACCAGGCAUGAGGAACAUCCGUUUGAAGGACUUCCCAACCUUCAUGAGAACCACAGAGCCAGAUGAUAUCAUGCUGAAUUUUCUGGUGGGUGAAACAGAGAGAACUAAGAAAGCUUCCGCCGUCAUUCUGAACACAUUUCAUGACUUGGAACAUGAAGUCAUAGACGCACUUUCAACUUUGCUUCCACCUGUUUACUCCAUUGGACCCCUAAACCUACAACUCAAACAGAUCCCAGCAGAUAACGAGUUGAAGUCGAUUGUUUCAAACCUAUGGAUAGAGGAGCCAGAGUGUCUUCAAUGGCUCGACACCAAAGAACCCAACUCUGUGGUUUAUGUCAACUUUGGAAGCAUUGCAGUCACCACAAAUGAGCAGCUGAUUGAGUUUGCUUGGGGACUUGCAAAUAGCAAAAAAAACUUUCUAUGGGUGAUUAGGCCAGACCUUGUUAGGGGAGAAUCAGCUGUGGUUCCGGCAGAGUUUUUGGAAGAGACGAAAGACAGGUCUCUAUUGGCACAUUGGUGCCCUCAAGAACAAGUCCUGAGCCACCCAGCGGUAGGAGGGUUCUUGACGCACAGUGGAUGGAACUCUACACUGGAAAGUUUGUGCGGUGGGGUGCCUCUGAUCUGUUGGUCCUUCUGUGGAGAGCAGCCAACCAAUUGUAGGUACAGCUGCAGAGAAUGGGGCGUAGGGUUGGAGGUAGGGGAUGAUGUGAACAGAAAUUAUGUGGAGGAGCUGGUGAGAAAGUUGAUGGAGGGAGAGGAGGGCAAAAAGAUGAGGAAGAAAGCCUUGGCGUGGAAGAAGUUGGCAGAGGAGGCUACUACUGGUCCAAAUGGAUCAUCCUUUUUGGAUUUGGAACAAAUGGUUAACAAGGUGCUUCUAUCUUCCAGAAAUUAGAAUGUAUUAAUUUUUUCACAUCAACUUGUCCUUGGUACCACUUUCAAAACUCUAUUUCCAGGAAAAAUUCUUGGGUGUUGUAGCUGAAGAAUUUGUCUUCUGAAUUCCCUUAUUUAUUUAUUUUUGGUAAUUUGCUCA